UAUUCCCUCCUAACUCAUAUCUACCCUUUCAUUUCCACUUCCAAAAAAAACUUUCAACGCUCUCUCUUCUCUUCUCUUCUCUUCUCUUCAUUUCAAUGGCGUCCGAUAACUCUUCCACCGACACCGGUUUCACUCGCCCUGAAAUGUACACCGAAAAACUCGCCGGCACCGUCGACGCCUACGACCGCCACGUUUUCCUCUACUACAAAAACCAUCUCUCCUGGCCACCUCGCGUCGAAGCUUCCGACGACCAUCCUCUCCCGAAACUCGUCGCCGAUACGUUUAAAGCGCGUAAGAACGAUUUAGCUCUCAAGACGAAAAUUACUGUGUGUGAAGCGAGUGAGGAAGAUGGAUUCUCUGACGGUGACGUUUUGAUUUUCCCGGAAAUGGUUAAAUACAGGGGUUUGGUGGAGUCAAAUGUUGAGAGCUUUUUUGAAGAUGUUUUGGUGAAUGACAAACCAUGGGCUAUUGGAGUACCGGAGGUUUUAACUGGUUCACAUGUCUAUGUAUGUGCUCAUGGAAGCCGUGAUGUUAGAUGUGGUACUUGUGGGCCAGUUCUCAUCAAAAAUUUUAAUGAGGAAAUUGAGCUUCGAGGUCUGAAGGAUCAGAUAUCUGUUACUGCCUGUUCUCACUUGGGUGGGCACAAAUAUGCUGGGAAUAUAAUCAUAUACAGUCCAGGACCGGACGGAAAAACAAUGGGUCACUGGUACGGUUAUGUUACUCCCAAUGAUAUUCCUGAUUUACUUGACCAACAUAUUGCAAAAGGAGAGGUUAUACAACGACUUUGGAGGGGCCAAAUGGGACCGUCUGUUCCAGAAGUGAAGGGAGCAAAUGACCAGAAACUUGCUAAUGGAAACCUUGCUAAUGGAGAACAUGCUAAUAAGAUCGAGAAGAAUAUUGAAAGUAACAGCUUGAGCAGGGAAGAAAAUGUGACCGGUUGUUGCCAGGGUGUUAAUGGAGUUUCUUGUUGCAGUUUUCCAAAUCCUGCAAAAAGAGACGAGAUUAAAGAGGGCAAAAGCUGUAAGAUCCGGUCUCUAUUGAAGGAGCGUGAUGUUCUCACAGCCGUUGGUGUGCUUGGAGCUGGGGCGGCUGUUGCCGUGGCUUACAAACUUUACAGAAGGUCAGGCUGAAUUAAGCUCUGAUAACGUGUUCUAGGUUUUUUGUGGACCCUAUUAUUUUGGUCGAUGUACAAUGAAGUAAGAAAUAAUUACGAAAACUAGUUAUACGAAGACCUACAUAGACGCUUUACUGGUCUGUCAAAGGAUAGCAAAAGUCUAGCAACAGAUAUAGUGAUAAUAACUUUAUUGUUCUUUUUGAAUUCACAAUUAUGAUUGUAAACGCUGCUGGGUAUUCCAUUUUGUUUGCGUGACUGAUUUUCUGUUAAUUCAAAGUUUGUUGUGAUGAAAGCUUAUGCUUGUUAAUUCUGUUAUUAUUCUACGCAGCUGAAAUAUGAAAAGUGUUACACUGUUAUGAAUCA